UUAAUCACCCCACCCACCCCUCCCUCCCUCUAGCCAGCUAUAUUAUAUAUCCAUGCAACAAUAACAAGUUUUAACACAACCUUAUUGAUUAAGUGAGAUGGAGAUAGAAGCAGCACUGUGUGAGGCGGUGGAGGGUAGCGUUGGCGGUGUUGUCGACCACAGCGGCUGCGGUGUUGGUGCGUAUUUGGUUUGGGAAGAUCUGACGGUGGUGCUUCCAAAUAAUAGCAAUAAACCAACAAAAAGGAUAUUGAAUGGGCUCACAGGGUUUGCUCAGCCAUCUAGGAUUAUGGCUAUUAUGGGUCCUUCUGGUUCUGGGAAAUCCACACUUCUUGAUUCUUUAGCAGGAAGAUUGGCUGGAAAUGUAAUAAUGACUGGAAGCGUCCUUCUAAACGGGAAAAAAAGGAGGCUUGAUUAUGGUGCCGUAGCUUAUGUCACCCAAGAGGAUAUACUAAUGGGAACACUAACAGUCAAAGAGACCAUUACAUACUCAGCAAGACUGAGAUUACCAGGAGACUUAACCAAAUCUGAGGUCAAUGGAAUUGUUGAAGGAACUAUAAUGGAAAUGGGUCUUCAAGAUUGUGCAGAUAAACUCAUUGGCAACUGGCAUUUAAGAGGCAUAAGUGGUGGUGAGAAGAAAAGACUCAGUAUUGCACUUGAAAUCCUAACUAAACCCACCCUAUUGUUUCUUGAUGAACCCACAAGUGGACUCGAUAGUGCUUCCGCUUUCUUCGUGGUUCAGGCGCUAAGAAGUGUGGCUCGAGAUGGUAGGCGUACCGUUGUCUCCUCCAUCCACCAGCCGAGUAGUGAAGUUUUUGCACUUUUUGACGACCUAUUUUUGUUGUCGGGUGGCGAAACUGUUUUCUUUGGUGAAGCUAAACUGGCCGUUGAGUUCUUUGCGGAAGCGGGUAUACCAUGUCCAAGCCGAAGAAACCCUUCGGAUCACUUCCUCCGGUGUAUCAACUCCGAUUUCGACAGGAUCAACGCUACGUUGCAGGGUUCUCAGAGACUAAGGGUACAAUGUUUUGCAUCUAGGGACACAAAAAUCAUGUGCACCACUAGUUUCCCUUGUUCAUCAACUGCACAAAUUAAAGGAAUGCUUGUUUAUAAGUACAAAUCCUCAGCAUAUGCAACAGCUGCAAGAACCAAAAUCAAAGAAAUAUCAACUAUGGAAGGUCUAGAGGUUGAAACAAAGAGUGUUGGAAGCAAGGCCACUUGGUGGAAGCAGCUAAAAACAUUGACAAAUAGAUCUUUCAUAAACAUGUGUAGAGAUGUUGGCUACUAUUGGCUGAGGAUAGGGGUGUACAUUGUUGUAUCAAUCUGUGUCGGUACGGUUUUUCACGAUAUUGGAACAAGCUAUCAUGCGAUGUUUGCUCGUGGAGCGUGUGGUGGAUUCAUUUCGGGUUUUAUGAUCUUUAUGUCUAUUGGUGGCUUCCCUUCUUUCAUCGAAGAAAUGAAGAUAUUCAAAAGAGAGAGGCUCAACGGACACUAUGGCAUUGCCGUAUUUAUCCUUUCGAACUUCUUAUCUUCCUUCCCAUUCUUAGCAGUAAUGUCGUUCAGUACCGCAGCGAUUACUUACAACAUGGUGAAGUUCCAUCCAGGGUUCUAUCGACAAGUUUACGCUUGUCUUGAUCUUCUGUUAUCCAUUGCUGCUGUUGAGAGUUCCAUGAUGGUUAUUGCUUCCUUUGUUCCUAACUUCAUGAUGGGAAUUAUCAUCGGUGCCGGUUUCAUUGGUGUGAUGAUGAUGACAGCAGGUUUCUUCCGUCUCCUCCCGGAACUCCCGAAUAUAUUCUGGCGAUAUCCGGUUUCAUACAUCAAUUAUAUGUCAUGGGGAUUGCAGGGAGCAUAUAAGAAUGACAUGAUUGGGUUGGAGUUUGAUGCUGAAAACCAAGGCGAACCGAAGCUUCCAGGAGAGUUAGUACUAACCACGGUGCUUGGGAUUUCAAUCGACCAUUCGAAGUGGUGGGACUUGGCAGCAGUGAUGUUGAUUAUUCUCGUAUAUCGACUGCUAUUCUUUGUUAUACUCAAGUUAAAGGAACGAGCUAAACCAAUGGUUAGAGAGAUUUAUACUCGAAGAACCCUAAAUCAUCUGAAGAAAAGAGCAUCUUUCAGGAAAACGUCACCGUUUCCUUCAAAGAGACACCAACCGGCGUAUUCGUUGUCGUCUCAAGAGGGGCUUAACUCACCACUUCACUAGAUGAAUGUGGCUGGCUAUGUGUGGAAGAUUGGUCAAUCAUCAAUUUAUCAAGUGUGUUGCUUCUAGUUUGCAUGGUUACACGUUACAAUAUGCAUGGUUGUAAAUGUAUACAGUUUUCAAGUAUGCAAAUCUCCAAACUUAUAACUCAAUUAGUGAUUUUGAUUA